AGACACUUACCAUCGUUAACAUCACUCAAGUCAUUAAACCUUCGCAAUACUGAGCGCAACCUCCAGAAUAUGCCCCACUCUUUGGACGGUUUGGUUCAGUUAACAGAACUCGACUUAUCGUCCAAUAGUUUGCCGCGAAUUCCGGACUCCAUAUUUACGCUGAAGAGUCUGACGAGACUCAACAUAAGUGAUAACUGUUUGACACAAUUGUCGCAAACUAUAGACGAAGAGUGGCCGCAACUGGAAGUGCUGAACGUAUCGCGAAAUAAACUCAAUUCAUUGCCCAAUGCUUUGUGCAAAUUAACGAAUUUAAGGCGCCUUUACGUCAACGAUAAUCAUCUGGACUUUGAGGGCAUUCCCGGAGGAAUCGGCAAACUAUACAACUUAGAGGUGUUUAUGGCCGCAAACAAUAACUUAGAACUCAUACCCGAAGGAGUGGUCCGUUGCGGGAAACUUAAAAAGUUAAUUCUGGCCAACAAUCGGUUGAUUACGUUGCCGGACGCCAUACACCUGUUGACCGACUUAGCGGUGCUCGACCUGAACAACAAUCCGGACCUAAUUAUGCCCCCAAAGCCAUCAGAAUAUGCCAAACGUUUGGAGUUUUAUAACAUUGACUUUUCGCUUAACAAUCAGUUAAGACUCGCCGGCGCUCCCACUACUAGUGGGUUAGGCGCUACUGUCACGCCAAACAAAGACCCGAUUGCGAGGAAACUACGAUUAGUGCGAAGAGCGCGCGAGAAGACAACAAAUUCGGAUUCGUCUAAAGUGUUGAAAGGAAUGACAGAUUUAGCCAAAGAGAAGGAUCGCCUGAAAUGCGAUGCAAUGCUUAACGAACAGGACUUGAAGCCAAAGCGAUGGGACGAAGCGCUGGAGAAGCCGCCACUCGAUUACAGCGACUUCUUCGACGAAGACAUCGGACAACUGCCCGGUCUUACCAUUUGGGAGAUCGAGAACUUUGUGCCAAACCGUAUAGAAGAGGUCCUUCACGGGAAGUUCUAUGAGGGAGACUGUUAUAUAGUGCUGAAGACCACUGUCACCGACAGCCAGAGCCUCGAUUGGAAGAUAUUCUAUUGGAUCGGCUCUCAGGCGGCGCUCGACAAGAAGGCGUGUUCGGCCAUUCAUGCGGUGAAUUUGCGUAAUUAUUUGGGCGCCAACUGUCGUACAAUCAGAGAGGAGCAGUCGGAAGAGAGCGACUCUUUUAUGGAGCUGUUCCCCGAACGCAUCAUUUACAUAGAGGGCGGACGCACUGCCAGCGGCUUCUUCACUGUGGAGGAAGUGGAAGUGGCCAAUAGGAUGUAUAGACUGCACGAACUCUCCAAUAGGCAACUCUUCAUG